GCGGGGCGGGCGCGGCACGCGCACCGGCAUCAACCUGGCUCCGCCGCGGCAGGGGUUGGGGCACAGCCAGCUGGCAGUGGCUCCGGCGGCGCCCUUAAAUAGCAUCCGAAGUCGGUGCAGGGUAGGCAUUGGACUGCGGUGACACCCGGCAGUGGAGCGGCCCGGCCAUCGGAGGAGGUGCCGGGAGUCAUAGGCCCUUCGUCAGCUUCAUCUGCAGUCAUCACAUGUUGUGUGUAUAGUAUGUUCGCUCCUGCAGCUGGACAAAGGCUUGAGGAACUCUAGAAGGACAGUAACAUCCACAUCUCACAUUUGGCGUUUAUAAGUGACUUCAAGAAGAUGCUGCUGACUAAUCAGAGUGUACAAGACAGAACUCACCCUAGGGAAUCACCAACACUGGAUGAUGGAAGCCCACGAGCUGUUCCGGUAUUUUCGAAUGCCAGACAUGGUUGACUUCCGGCAGUACAUCCGCACUUUACCCACACACACACUCAUGGGCUUCGGUGCCUUUGCAGCACUCACCGCUUUCUGGUACGCCACGAGACCCAAGGCCCUGAAACCACCAUGUGACCUCUCAAAGCAGUCAAUAGAAGUCCCGGGUAGUGGUGGCGCAAGGAGAUCUACGUUACUCAGCAGUGAUGAGCCACUGGUGUAUUUCUACGAUGAUGUCAGAACGUUGUAUGAAGGUUUUCAGAAGGGUAUUCUGCUGUCAAAUGAUGGUCCUUGUUUAGGCUCACGGAAACCAGACCAACCCUAUGAAUGGAUUUCAUACAAACAAGUAGCAGACAGGUCGCAAUGUGUGGGCUCAGCGCUACUCCAGAAGGGCUUCAAGGCUUCCCCAGACCAGUUCAUUGGCAUCUUUUCUCAAAACAGACCUGAGUGGGUGAUCAUUGAACAGGGAUGCUUUACUUAUUCAAUGGUGGCCGUCCCCCUCUAUGAUACCCUUGGAGCCGACGCAAUCACCUACAUAAUUAACAAAGCUGAACUUGCUCUGAUUUUUGUUGACAAGCCAGAGAAGGCCAACCUCUUACUAGAAGGCAUAGAAAAUAAAUUAACACCAGGCCUUAAAACCAUAGUUCUCAUAGAAUCCUACAGCAGCGAUCUGUUUGAACGAGGCAAGAAAUGUGGGGUGGAAAUCACCAGCUUGAAGGCCAUGGAGGACCUGGGAAGAGCCAACAGGAUGAAGCCCAAGCCUCCUGCACCUGAAGAUCUUGCAGUUGUUUGUUUUACAAGUGGAACUACAGGCAACCCCAAAGGAGCACUGAUCACUCAUCGAAAUAUAGUGAGUGAUUGUUCAGCUUUUGUGAAAGUGACAGAGAAUACAGUCUCUCCUACUCCAGAUGAUACUUUGAUCUCUUUCUUGCCUCUCGCCCAUAUGUUUGAAAGAGUUGUAGAGUGUGUCAUGCUGUCUCAUGGAGCUAAGAUAGGAUUUUUCCAAGGAGAUAUCAGGCUGCUGAUGGAUGACCUCAAGGUGCUUCAACCCACUAUCUUUCCUGUGGUUCCCAGACUGCUGAACCGAAUGUUUGAUCGAAUUUUUGGACAAGCAGACACCUCACUGAAACGAUGGCUAUUGGACUUUGCCUCCAAAAGGAAAGAAGCAGAGCUGCGCAGUGGCAUCAUCAGAAACAACAGUGUGUGGGAUAAGCUCAUCUUCCACAAAAUACAGUCAAGCUUGGGAGGAAAAGUCAGACUGAUGAUCACAGGAGCCGCACCCGUAUCCGCCACUGUGCUGACGUUUCUGAGAUCAGCUCUUGGCUGUCAGUUCUAUGAAGGCUACGGACAGACUGAGUGCACUGCAGGCUGCUCCCUGACUUUGCCUGGAGACUGGACAGCAGGCCAUGUCGGUGCUCCAAUGCCUUGCAACUUAAUAAAGCUUGUUGAUGUGGAAGAGAUGAAUUACAUGGCGUCCAAGGGCGAGGGCGAGAUUUGUGUGAAAGGGCCAAAUGUAUUUCAAGGCUACUUGAAGGACCCAGCAAAAACGGCAGAGGCCCUGGAUAAAGAUGGCUGGUUACACACAGGGGACAUUGGAAAAUGGUUGCCAAAUGGCACACUGAAGAUAAUUGACAGGAAAAAGCACAUAUUUAAAUUGGCACAAGGGGAAUACAUUGCACCUGAAAAGAUUGAAAAUAUCUACAUGCGAAGUGAACCUGUUGCUCAGGUGUUUGUCCAUGGAGAAAGCUUGCAGGCGUUUCUCAUAGCAAUCGUGGUACCAGAUGCUGACACAUUAUGUCCAUGGGCCCGAAAGAGAGGGCUAGAAGGCUCUUUUGAAGAACUGUGCAGAAGCAAGAGUGUCAACAAAGCUAUCCUAGAAGACAUGGUGAGACUUGGGAAAGAAUCUGGUCUAAAACCAUUUGAACAGGUCAAAGGUAUUGCUCUCCAUCCUGAAUUAUUUUCUAUCGACAAUGGCCUUCUAACUCCAACAAUGAAGGCUAAAAGGCCAGAGCUUCACAAUUUUUUCAAGCCAAAGCUUGAUGAACUUUAUGCCACCAUUAAAGUCUAAUUGUGAGGAAGAAAGCCCAGAAGAAACCACACACCUCCACAAUCUCCUACUGAUGGCCUUCGUGUUGGUAAUUUUGACUCUAGCAAGCAUAGGGAAGGAAACGUCCAUGUUUGACUUGUCCAUUCAGGGUUCUUGUCAUAGGAAUAUUAGAGGAAAUGAACACUGCCUUAUAGUCACCUCGUGUCGCAGACUGGUGAUACACAAUUUCCAAAAUGAGCCUUAAAAUUUGGAAAGGGGAAACUAUAAAUGUGCUAAGUUAUUUGAGACUUCCUCAUUUUAAAGGACGGUUGUCAGAACUUGUGUCUCCCUGUUUUUCUAACCAAGGGAUUAGGACUUGGCUAUUUCUGAGAUGUCUGCUGCUUGUUGCAAAGUCUGCAGUUGUCUGCUGCUCUACACUGGAGGGGAACUGCUCCUUAAAAACAAGAACAGCUGUCCUGGCUGGAAAAUAACACAAGAAAGAGGACCAGAAAUUGUUUUGUUCACCCUCACUACCUUCCCUUCUCCAUCUCACAUGGACUCACUAUCCAUUUGGUCAAGGUUUAUGAGACUCAUGCUCAUCUCCAAAGUCUCUUUAUGUUUCUGUGGCUAAGUUAAAUCCCUAGUGAAGUGAAGGAAUGACUCACCUCAGAAGAAUGCAGAUACUGAAGCUCAGAUGAAUGGUCAUUGACCAGCAGAACGGGUUCUGGCUCACACAGCAAAGUGGUCUCAGACCGUCUUCUUCAGACCAGAUUCCCACCCUCCAUUCCUUCCCAGGGCCUGUUUAGAAAAACCUGCCUUAUAUUCUACAUGGAAAACAAGCAUUUCAAGAAGAAUAUAAUUACUUGGAUCAACUGUGAUGCCUAAAUAGCUGUCAAUUUGAUCCCACUGAACCACUCAUUCUGUUUAUAAUGGCCAAUGGAAUUUUAAUGUGGUUUUCAUAUCAGAAGAUCAUGUUGUGAUUAACAGGUUCCUCCCCUCCAAUAAAGUCUCAGGCAAGGCAUGUCUUUAAAAAAUUAUUAAGGAAGUAGGUAUACCUGGGUACUUAUUGAAAUGGACAGUAAUAAACAAAUGUUCAUAUACAGCUACCUGAUUUCUAUGAAAUGUAUUUGACAAGCCAAAAUUCUAGGAUGUUGAAAUCUGGAGAACUCAUUUCCUGGGAUGAACAUCUCAAGGGAUUUUUUUUUUAAUAAGUUAAUUUGGGAAAUUAGGGACUCACUUUACUGCAGGUCUUUGCCACACGUGACUGAAUUAAGUUGUCAUUUAUACAUUUAAAGUGUUUGUUUUGGGAUGUGUGAGAGUACAUGUAUUAUAUAAGCACAACCUGGUUUGCACUAAAGAAUUGUCAUUGUAAUAACACUAUUUGGUAGCCUAACUUCAUGUGUGUGUUCUUAACUGCACAAAAAAGUCAAUAAUUUGUCACAUUGGGGUUUUGAAUGUUUUGCUUUGUGUUGGCUCUUUCUAUGUUUUAUAAACCAAAACAGAAUUUCCAAAAACAAUGAAGGAAACCAAAAUAAAUAUUUCUGCAUUUCAAGAGAA